UCUUCUCUCUCCAUCUUUUUCUCCAUCUUCCCUCUUCUUCUUCCUUCACCCAUCUCCCCCUCAACAAAAACCUAAAUCACGAUUCUCAAAAACUCUCCGCAAAAUCGCUUCAAAACUCUCGAAUCCCCAGAAUCUUACAAACACCGGUGAUACACCGCCGUUACAUGGCCGCGACAUCAAACUCUGGUGAAGAUCCGACUCUCUCUUACCUUCACCACCACCGAUCUCCUUUUCGCUUCGAAUUACUUCAAUCUAUCUCUUCCUCUGAUCCUCGUUACUCUUCUCUCAAUCCUUCUUCAACGAAUCGGCCUUUCUUAGUCUCUGAAUCGCUUCCCAAUACUCAACAGUCUCCUCUAAUUCCUUCUCACUGGGACGAUUCUUACUCUCAUAUCACUCAUAAAGUUCAGAAGAGUAUAAAGAAUCAUCGAAUUCAGCUUGGAUCCAUGGCGAACAUGUCUGGAGAAAGCAUUGAUAUAGCUAAAGUAAUAGUGAAACAAGAGACUCCUCAAGACGUUGUUAAACGUGUAUACAACAAGUCAAAGGGUACUAAACAGUCAAAGGCCGGGAAACGAAUGGCCAACGGCGAAGCUCAAAAUGGUGGUCUAAUUGUAGCUAGUAAUAACUGCCGUUACGACAGUUCUCUAGGGUUGUUGACAAAGAAAUUCGUCAAGUUGAUUCAGGAAGCUGAGGAUGGAACACUUGACCUUAACUAUUGUGCAGAUGUUUUGGAGGUACAAAAAAGAAGGAUAUAUGAUAUUACAAAUGUCCUUGAAGGAAUUGGAUUGAUAGAGAAAACUACAAAGAACCAUAUCCGCUGGAAAGGAGCCGACAAUCUUGGACAGAAGGACCUGGGAGAUCAAAUUAACAGGCUUAAGUCAGAGGUAGAAAGUAUGCGAUUUGAGGAAAGCAGGUUGGAUGAUCUUAUAAGGGAAAGACAAGAAGCUUUGAGAUCCUUGGAGGAAGAUGAAUAUUGUAGAAGGUACAUGUUUAUGACGGAGGAGGAUAUAACGAGUCUCCCACGGUUUCAGAACCAGACAUUACUAGCAAUAAAAGCUCCUACAGCUAGUUACAUUGAAGUUCCAGAUCCUGAUGAGAUGCAUUUUCCGCAACGACAAUACCGGAUGGUGAUUAGGAGUAGAAUGGGGCCAAUUGAUGUCUAUCUUUUAAGCAAAUACAAAGGAGACAGUGGUGAAACAAGUGACAAGUUGGGUCAUGAGUCUGAUCAAAAAGCUCCAUCUAGAGUGGACAUCAGUAUCUGAAAAUAGUAACUUCAGAUACUGAUUUAAAAGCAGAUUACUGGUUCGAGUCAGAUGCAGAGGUGAGCCUAACAGAUUUAUGGAGCAACUUCAGCAGCUGAGAACCAAGUUAUUUGAA